AUGGCCGAGAUCCGCCGCAAGCUUGUUAUCGUGGGUGACGGUGCCUGCGGUAAGACCUGUCUGUUGAUUGUGUUCUCCAAGGGAACUUUCCCCGAGGUCUACGUCCCCACCGUCUUCGAGAACUACGUCGCCGAUGUCGAGGUUGACAACAAGCACGUUGAACUCGCCCUGUGGGAUACUGCUGGCCAGGAAGACUAUGACCGUCUCCGUCCCCUCUCCUACCCUGACUCCCACGUCAUCCUGAUCUGCUUUGCGGUCGACUCGCCCGAUUCCCUCGACAACGUCCAGGAGAAGUGGAUCUCCGAGGUCCUCCACUUCUGCCAAGGUCUCCCCAUCAUCCUGGUCGGUUGCAAGAAGGAUCUUCGUUUCGACCCCAAGACCAUCGAAGAGCUGCACAAGACUUCGCAGAAGCCCGUCACCCCUGAGCAGGGUGAGGAGGUUCGCAAGAAGAUCGGUGCCUACAAGUACCUGGAGUGCUCCGCACGAACCAACGACGGUGUCCGCGAGGUCUUCGAGGCUGCCACCCGGGCUGCCCUCCUGACCAAGAGCCAUAAGAGCAAGAAGAGGACGUGCCUGAUCCUGUAA